UCUGUGGUACUCUAGUUCCUAAAAGGAAAAACGAAAUGUUGAAAAAUUAUUUAUCUUUCCCUCUCGUCUGUGCAAAAGUAGAACAGCUGAUGUCGAUUUACGCAGCUCUUGGAUUCGAAGAUUCUGAAGAUGAAGCUGUCAGCAAGGAUCUACAGGACUUCAGGCAGGUUUCUUCCGGCCCCAUCAGUGACCUCACGCUGACACGUGUGUCGGAGAUUGUUGAAAAGAAGAGCGUGGCAAGGGUAAACUCUGAGCUAGACGAUACUUUGAAAACCAUCAUGGAGACACUUCAAGAGUCCAGUGAACUGAUCUCGUUUAUGAAAGAAACUGCGAAUGAAGACAUUCGUAUACUAAUUGAUGCUGUAGAGGAACAUUCUGAUCAGUUUGUCUCGGAAGCUAUCGUUUCGGAUUUAAUUGAUGUUCAUGGAUUUCUGCGCAACAUAAUACGAGAAACCCCAAAAGAUCCUAUGAUGUUCCUGGUUAGUCUCAAAGAGUGUUACCUAAAGCUUGAAAAGAAAUCAGAAAUGGCAGCUAAAAUCAGUGAGUGUGGCUGUAAUGUUCAUAGCCUAAGAGGCUUGUACAUGAAUGUUGCCAACCGUGGGGAGAUGACAAAGGAAAUAAUCAACAAUGCCGUACAGAAAGGAUGUUACGUAAUUAAGACUAACCCUGAUGGCUCAAGCGAUGUCCAACUUAGUUAUCGUCGUAAUGAAAGUGCACCAAAAGACACGACCUAUAAUAUGACAGAACUUCACGACCUGAGAAGCCGAGCUCUCCUAAUUUUGAAUACGGAUAAGAAGCAAGAACAGGUGGAGAAUUUAGAUGACUCCAGUGCUUCAGUUCAGUCUGUCAACCAGACCUUGCCAACAUUUAUAACGCAAGUGGAAAUGAUUACUGACAUUGUCAACGUUGUCACAUUGCUGCGAGAAUCUGGUCAUCCAAAGUAUAUAAGCUUUUGGCAGAAGCUUACGUCCUCUCACGAGAUUGAGUCUCAGGCUCUUAGCCUACAGUCUACUUUGCAGGAUUGGGAAACGUUGUUAAAACGUUUACAAGAACAGUACUAUUUCCUCAAUUUUUUCCACCCUGAUCAGCUGUGGCUGUUACACAAGUUUUUUUCAAAGCCUUCAACGAAUACACAGGGCCGACUUGCGCUGACGUCAUCUGUUCACAGCCUGUUGCGUUUUGUGGAUCCAAGUAUACAACCUAAAGAGCUUGAUGAUUUCCGUUGCCAUUACAACGCACCCAAAGGAGACUCUGGGCUUGAGAUCGACCUCCAGGCCAUUGGAGAGGUUUUAGAUAGCAUCUUUAUUCCACGCCAAGGUGCGCCGUUGAAAAAGAUACUACAACAUGACUUGCAAAGAGCUGUCAAGCCAGGGGAAUUGUUUGUUGCUGUUCUUGAACUUGGCAGUAAGCAGACGGCUAAUGUGGUUAUGUCACUGUUCGAGAGCACAACGGGGUCUUUUCCUCAGCCUAGUCAAGUCCUCUUCUGUCAUUCAGAGACCAGUUGGGAAGAGGUUGAGCGACUUCUGAAACGUUCGUUUGAAGCAUAUACGCAUUCCACUUCGGCCAAGUUACACUGCCUUGCGAACGUUGAAAACCUUUCAAAUGACAUGCAGUUUGAACUUGUUACAGCCAUAAGAACAUACCAAAAGAAGGUUGACGGUUCCUACCUGUUAGCGCUAGUUUGUUGUGGAGGUAUUCAUCACCACAUUGCUGAUCAGUUCUCUUCAGCUGCCCACAACAUUCUUGGAAUGUCAGAACCAAAGCUACGGGAUACUUUCAAGAAAGUUUUUCCAAACGUUUUCAUGGUCACUUCGGAUCUUCCUGGUGUGGGAAAGACAGAGGCUAUCCACGAGCAUGCAGCAUCAUAUAAGAAGAAAGCUUUGACGGUGCCAAUCAGCGGGCCUUUGUCACGAAAAAACCUUUUGAAAAGGUUGUCUGGUUUGAGCGUUUCUUCUCACGAAUGCAUUCAUUUUGAUGUUGGCGAAGUGGAUGACCCGUUAGUUCUGGACACUAUGAUGUUCGAACUCGUUGUUGUGGGUAUGAUGUCCUGUGGAACGGAACUUUUCCAUCUCCCGACCAAGCAUGUGUACAUCGAAAUUGCGAACACACUAAGGCACUGGCUUCAAGAUUCGCUUCCAAUUACAAAGUGCUUUUCUCCUUUACACAAAAACUUGGUUGGGUAUGGAGACCUUGUUGUGAGCCAGGAGCCAUUGAGUCCCGUUCAAGUUGUCUGCCAGUAUCUUCAUGCCUACGAGUCUGGUUCGUUGGAAACCAAAGAUCUAAAUCUUGUCGAUCUGAAGCCAUUGUCAUCAGACCGAUGUAAACAGCUUCUAUCAAAGCAUUUCUCGUCAACCGGGGAUUUGUCGUACAACAUAGUAGAGAGCUUCCUCAAGGUUUUUGCAGAUCAGCUCUUACAGUUUUCAGAAAGUCCUUUCUUCAAAACUCACAAUUUACAGGCCGCCCUAGGCCUGCAACAUGAUGUUCGAAACUGCUUAUUCAAAGCCCUCUUGGAGGUGUCAAGAGAGUUUGCAUCACGGUCUGUUGUAACCUGUAAGAAUGUUCAGUCAGAAGCCAUUUCAAAAGAGCAAGCAUCCGAAGUCUUGAAAAAGCUCCAUUCGUCCUCAAGGAAUGAUGCAGAAAGAAUGGUCGAAAGGGUUGAAGGAAUGAUUCAGUGGACUGACAAUAAUCACCUUGUGAUUGCGUUUCACAGACUGGAGGCUUUUACUAUUUCUGCUUUGUACCGUGACUUGUCACAAGUGCCUUCCAAUGUGCAGAAAUUGUUGAAAGUGCAGGCGAAGAAAGGUGAAGAUAUAAAGGACUUUGCCAAGCUGAAUCACAGAGAACUUCAGGAAAGACUUGAUCUAAUCGUUCGAACAAAACCAAGACAAAAUGAUGACAGCUUACAGAAACUUGAUUAUGCCCUUACGCCGGACAAUAUCCUGAAGAUGGUGCUAAUUAUUCAACGUAUUAAGGCACGUAUACCAGUCAUUGUCAUGGGAGAAACAGGUUGUGGCAAGACUAGCCUUGUAAGAUACCUAGCCAGAACGUGUGGUGUCCCAUUUCACGUUUUCAAUUUUCAUGCAGGUGUGGCCGAGGAAGAGGUGAUCGACUUCAUCGACCAAAGGGAGACGGAAGCGAAAACUGGCAAAGAAGUUUGGGUGUUCCUUGACGAAAUUAACACUUGUGAAUAUCUGGGCACAAUCAACGAGGUGAUUUGUCACCGUAGCAUUAAAGGCAAACCAAUCACAUCUAACUUGGUAUUCAUCGCUGCCUGCAACCCGUACCGUCUUCGUCCGCCUGGGAAAAUUACGACAGCAGGUCUAAGUGAGAAGAUAGAGACAGACCAAUUUUCAAAACUGGUGUAUCGGGUUCACCCUUUACCUGAAACAAUGAUCGACUUUGUCUGGGACUAUGGAUCACUAGGUAAGGACGAUGAACAUGCAUACAUUGGUCGAAUGGUAGAAGGAAUCACCGGAAAAACUGACAACUUGUUAGCUGAUCUGCUCUGUACUUCUCAACAGUACAUCCGAGAAGUUGACGGGAGCCCUUACUGUGUGAGCCUACGAGACGCUCAUCGCUGCAUUGUCCUUGUGAAGUGGUUUGGAGAGACAUUGAAAGAGCGUAAUGAUUUACCCCUAACAAAAUUUAAGGGUGAUUGUGCUUGUCACGUGAUUGCUCGUCGGUUCCCUAAUCUAGAAAGAUCCUUUGUCCUCGCCUUAGCUCACUGUUAUCAAUCACGUCUUCCUACUGCGGAAGCAAGAAAGGGAUACCAACAACGCGUUGCCGAGUGCUUUAGAAAACACAAAAAACAUUUAUUUAAAGAGCAGAGCUUUGAGGCCAUUGUUAGAGCAGAGCAAGAAGAUUACCUUGAAAGAAUGGAAUUGCCAGAGGGAACCGCUAAGAAUGGUGCUCUUCGCGAGAAUGUGUUCGUUAUGCUUGUUUGUAUCCUGAACCGAAUUCCGGUUUUCGUCGUUGGAAAGCCAGGAUGUAGCAAAUCUUUGUCUAUGCAAAUUAUCCGCAGCAACUUAAGAGGAAAAGAUACCAAAGAUCCUUUUCUUAAGAAAUUUCCACAACUCUAUGUGGUUUCUCACCAAGGCUCAGAGUCCUCAACAUCAGAUGGAAUACUCAAGGUGUUUGAGAAAGCGCGAAAGUACAAGGAGCACAACAAAAGUGGAGAUAUUCUUCCAGUUGUUCUUCUUGAUGAGAUUGGUCUGGCUGAGGUAUCACAGUACAACCCUUUGAAAGUAUUGCACAGUCUACUGGAACCAGGCGAUGGUGCAUUUCCUGAUGUUGCUGUAGUUGGCAUCUCGAACUGGGCCUUAGAUGCAGCUAAGAUGAACCGUGCAAUUCAUCUGUCCAGGCCUGAACCAGAUGUGGACGAUUUGUUUGACACUGGAAAAUCUUUGAGAGAGGCAGGUAGUGAGAGAACUGCAUUUGGAGUGCCUCGCACUCGUUCAGGACACCCCUAUCGCAGAGACACCUACCCAGAUGACAAACAGCUUCUUUGCCUUGCCGAAGCAUAUCAUGAAUAUCAAGGAUCUCAAAAAUAUGCAAACUUUCAUGGACUUCGAGACUAUUACAGCCUUAUCAAAUGCCUCAGCUCAAACAGGAAUCACAAUCCCUCUCACCACCCGCUCAUCGAAGAGAAAACACAGGGGAUCCAACAUGCAUUACAGAGGAAUUUUGGUGGCGUGCCCAGUGACGUAAACAACUUUCAAACGUUGUUUCAGAAAAGACUCCACUCCCUGGAUUUAGUAGAGAAUACUCAUCAUUUUAAAGUUACUCAACUCAUCCGUGACAAUCUGCACGACAAACUGGCACGUCAUUUAAUGAUAAUAACGAAUGGAGAUGCUGCUAUUGGCAUCCUUGAUCAGACUCUGCAAAGUCUUGACAAAGAGAAAAUCACCAUCUUUGGAAGUCGAUUCGAAGAAGAUCUUUCUGAAGAAUACAAUUAUCGAAUGCUGAGCCGCAUUAUUUUGUGCAUGGAGAGGGAUUGCGUUCUCAUUCUCCGAGAUCUUGAAAACAUCUAUGGCAGUCUGUAUGAUAUGCUGAACCAGAAUUAUACCGUUGUUGGAGGGAAGAGAAACUGUCGGGUCGCACUUGGUGCCUUUAGCAAUCCUAUGUGUCAGGUCCAUGAUGGAUUUCGAUGCAUAGUGUUGAUUGAUCAACGAAGGGUUGACUUCACAGAUCCUCCGUUUCUGAACCGUUUCGAGAAGCAGUUGCUCCGCUUCACGGACGUCCUUGACGGAAAGCGGAGAAGUAUUAUUAGCAGUUUGAAUGAAUGGGUGAGAAGUAUAUCCACAAUUCCUGAAUUUGAAUCCCAAUUUCACGAAGAAGAUAUGUUUGUUGGAUUCUGUAGUGAUACCCUGUCUUCACUUGUCCUCAAAAACAGUCAAGAAGAAGAACUUGGCAUAGACGAAAUUUUGGAAAAAUGCAAGGCGGAUCUCAUGUUAGUAGCAUCUCCUGAUGGUGUCUUGAGGAGUUUAGAAUCUUCCUUGGCCGAAAAGAAUUUUGAAGAAGUCCAGGCCCUGUACAAGACCUAUUUUGAGAUGCCAUUACACAAUGGAUUGAAAGAGUAUUUGAAACACUCAUUGGAGGGUUUAAAGCUGGAUGAUGACGCCACCAGUGGUAUUCGACUGCUGAUCAUGACCCACAGUAACAUCCACGUGAAUGUAGCGCAGUGUCUUAGUGGGCUGUUACGAUGCCAAACGGAAAAGUUAAGCGCUUUUAAGUCAGAAAAGCACUUAACAAAGCAGUUGGAAAGAUUUUGGAAAUCCAGUGACGCGCUGUUGGUACUACAGUGCAAGCCAGAGUUGGAUGCCACCCAUAUGCUCCUUGCCAAAUCAAUUAUCGAGCAGCAGAGACAGAAGUACGAAAAAGAAUCAAUGCAGACAGCCCAAAGUCAGAUCAAACAUGUUUGCAUAAUUGUCCAUGUUCAGAGGGAAAGUGAAGCAAAUGGAGUUGAAAGUCAGCACUGGCAGUUUAGUUUCCAAAGUGGUUGGAAGCAAGUAACAAUAGAUGUCUUGGAACCCCCUGUGUUGCCCAUUACUGAGUGUUUAGACGUAAGUGUCAUUGACCUUAUGGAUACCAAGUCGCUCUCUUUUACUGAAGUGGCAUCAAACGAAUUUCUUUGGUGCUUCACUCGAAUAAAGUACCCAGCCAUUCGCCAGCCUUCAGUGGAUGAAAUUCUCAAUAUAGAACAGCUGUUAAGAUUGCCCUCCAACGCGAAGAUCUUGGAAUGUUUCAAAGAGCUCGUGAAACGGUGGUUAAAUAAAAGACUCGACAACAGUUUCCAGCAUCCAGAAGGUCGAACUUGGCAAUUUUCAGUUGCAUGCGAUCGUCAAGCUUUAAUUAGGUCUUCACAUCUAGUAGGAGCCAUUCAGCAUUAUGUCAGCCAUCUCAUACGCCAUCCACUGGCAAAGAUCAUCUACUUCUUAGAAGAGAAAUCUGCCUGGCCAAAGUUUCUCUACACACAGGAUCCUUCCGACGAGGAAGAACUUCAAGUUUGGUCGGAAUUGAUUUUGGACCAAGAGAUCCUCAACAUUGAAGACAUCCCUGACCACCAAGGAGCAGAGUCUUACUUUGUUCCAGAGCGACACCUGCACCUGAAAUUUCCUCUUGCAGCAGUCUUUAGUGAUAAAGUAGACCGAAUUCAACCUUUGUUUGCUGAAGACCAAAGGCAGCUCCUUUUGAAUGAGGCAAACCUGGAUGAAAACAGAGAAUUGCACGACGUCGCGGCAGAAUCGCAGCUACACAGGUUCAGUGCCAUGAUAAAAGAGAAAAUUCCACAAGUAGUAGAGCUGGAAUACCUUCAACAGAAUAUUGGGGACUAUGUGGAAGAUCUUAUUGACAUGAAAACCGUUCACUUUUCCGACGUAUUUACUCGUGAGAAGAGGAUUGAGUUUUUGAAGUCUGCGAUGGCAAACGAUAUUAAGUUUAGAAUUGAUGGAGACCCUGCUCGACUCAUCACCCGCUUGCAUUCUCUUUUUUGGUUGAACGAAACCAUGUACACGGCAGCACUUCAGGUUUACGCGACGUGCUCCAAAAUCAAACAUGUGGACUUAACAAAGUUGUUCUGCAAGCUGUCUACUGUGUUUGAGGAAAAACUGUUUCAAAGCAAGGCUCAAUUGCAGUGCGAAGAAGUUGAUGAAGCCCAGUGUAUAAGUAAUUACGAAAAAACAGAAGAGAUAGAAGUGAGUUGUAGCGUGCAGAAUGAACAACAGAACGCUGAAUCGGAGCACGGCACCGGCGAAGGAUUCUCAGCACUAACUCUGUUAGAAAAUCCUACUGUGUCUCUGCAGCUAGAACGAAGCAACGGGAAGACGCCAGGAGAACAAGAGAAAUUCGAACCUGGAAACGACAAGUUUCAAGAAGUAAAAGGUGGCCAAUCAGGCAGUCUGGGAAAGGGAAUGGAAGAACAAAAAGAGCUGGUAGAAAACGUGGGAAUCAAAAGCGUGGACGAACAAGGAGAUGAAACACAGGCAGUUAAAGAACACUUACCGUCAGCAGACGGUUCAAUAAAGGGACAUCACUACGAAGAAUUAUGCAGUCGUGAAAGGGCGGACAACGGCGAAAAUAGUGGGGAAAUAGACGAGAUCAUUCGGGUUCAAGAACCUAGUGGAACAGCUAAAGUUGCUGAGCAUCAACAUUCUGUGGAGACAACGUCAGUCAAUGAUGGUAAGAAUGAGGAAGCUCUAACCAGGGUCGAGGAUGAGGAUUUUCUCUGUGAAGCAGGCCGUGUUGAAAAGGGUAUUACCAUUGACGAUAAACAUGUUGGAAAACAGGAGCAUACCUCUGAAGGAGAGGAAGAGGAAGAAGCGGAAGAAAAAACAGGUCAAAAAAAUGUUUCAGAGAACCAAGACACAGGGGAAGGAAUCUCAGUAAACAUUAAGAAGAACGAGGAGCUUGGUGAAGAAGACCAUGAAUUCAGGGUAGAAGACGACAAGAAAGCGGUAAAUGACCUAGAGGAAGAGAGUGACCUUGAGAACGAACACACAGAGGAGGAGAGUGACCUAGAGAACGUACACACAGAGGAAGAAAUCUCAGAUGAUGGGGCUAUUGAUGAAACAAGCUUUGAUGAAAUUUUGGUAGAGACACUGUGUUCAGCCUUAUUUCCAACUUCCGAUGUGAUAGAAAGUUUUGAAGGCCCUGACAAUUGGCAACGGACGACGAGUCUCUUUCUUUCUACAGUCAGCAGAUUGCAAGUUGUAAGCCCUGCCUUCUACUUUCUCCGUGUUUGUUACGACUUUGUGACCUUACUAGUUUUACCUGAAUCUCUCGAACCGUAUUCCCUUUACAUGCUAGGUUCACUUGGAGUAAUGGGAAACUCUGAAGGUUACCUCGACUCCCAAGAUGUUUUUGAUCGAAUUGUAAAUGUUGUUGACGAGGUGGCAAAACGAGAUGUUCAACAAGAAAGGUUGGAGGACUUUCUGAUGCUCUACUAUGGGCGCUGUAUCGAUUCCAAUCCAGACACUCCAGUUCUUGGUUCUAUACUGGCAAGAAUUUGUCGUAGUGGGCAAAAGUCUCUAAUUCAACUGGCUGGACCUCUGGUUCACCGAGUAUUCCUCGUAGAAGAAGAGUUGUCCCCAGGUGUUUUUGAGAAGCUCUUAGACCACCCCGAAACCAUAGGUGAUCACCCAGGUCUCCAGGAAAUUAGUAAUGCUUUAUCAACUCUUCCUGGUGACGUCGAACUUGACUCGCCUUUUGCUGUUGUUUGUUGUGAUCUCAUAAAUGAAGUUGCAUUCUCGGACAUAGACUUCUCGACGGUUUCAGGUUCCGAAGAUCGAUUGCUUUUGAACUUUCGCAAGGCCUGUCAAAUUGUGAUGGAGCCUACAGAAGACGUUGAACCGAGCGCAACAGAAGACAAAGACGUCGAACAGAGAGCGUUUCAUCUUCUCUGUGCAGUGGCUUACCUGAAGGCGUUCUUGACAUCCUUUUGCGCAUUUAUUCUGGAAAACAGUCCUCACCUUGUAGAAGACGGAGAGUUUUCCAUGUUAAUGAAUGAAUUAAAUGCCGCAUUUACCUUAAAUGGGGCAGAUCAAUUGCGUGAUACCAGGAUAUCGGAGCUGCAAGUAUACUUUCUGAAGGAGCUGAAGAAGAACCUCCCAAUGUACCAGAUUUAUACCCUUUGUCAAACAAGCUGUAAACUCCCAGCGUUGAAAAUGAUACAGUGGCAAGAUGACAACUUAGUUACUAAACUUAGUUUUGAUCCUUUUCAAUCAUUCUCGGAAAACUCAGAAGUUCAAGCUGCACUGGCAACUCUUCUCGAAAAGAAAAAUAUGAAGCCAUUUGAAGAUGUCAUAGCCUCAAUGUCUCAGUCAGUGGAAAUCAGGGUUGAAGCGGCAACUGUCCUGGCCAAGUCGUUUUUUCUAGUACGCUCCAGACGAGCCUUGAAAGAUAGUGAGGAUAAGGCAAUUGCGUCUGUAAUAGAGAAGAUGAAGAAUGUGGAAACUCCUUAUUUUAACCUUCUUCAACGAAUCACCGGAAAAAAAGAUUUUAGUGCUCCGAGACUUUGCGUUUCGCCGGAGUCAUCGCCAGAAGAUGUGCAUAAGUCGACAUUGAUUUUACACCUCUGCAUUAUCCUUGCCUCAAGUUUUACAAGUAUAAAGAAGGGGACACUGGCCAUGAUGUCAUACUUCGUUGACCCAAUGGCUUCCGUAAAUUCUUUCGUCUUAGCAUCAGGGGAAGGUGGUUCGCAACCGUUCAAAAGACAUUGGAAUUACGAUGUCACACGACAAUUGAAAACAGCCUCUUCAUGUUCUUGUGGCACCUUCUAUGUGGUGGUCGGUGAUGGCAAGGAAGCAAGCUGUCCUAACGAAAGUGAGAAAAAGGGCAUACCUAAUGAGGCAAGCGCUCAAGAAGGGAUGUUGGCAUCAAAGGGUUACGUCUCACUUUUAAAUUCUGAUGACAUCUCCCUCUGCGUUCGGCAGCUUAAACCUGCGGAAUUCCGUAUCCUUCACUUGUUUGUUCACGCAGCGCUCUACGGAGGCUUUGCACUGGAAUUGUUUGAUAACAGCUCCCUCGGUCAAUUCUUGAACACUAAGCCGAAAGAAGGAAGUCCUUCAGAGAUUUGUUUUCAACAGAUAUCAAACGACUUAAAGGUGCUGUGUAGUAUUUUAAAUGCUAAAGAAGAAGAAGUUCUCCGUUUCCUACAUUGUGCAUUAGAAGAGUGUUCCUCCAUUCUUACUUCCGCAAAUAUCUGUAGCUCGCCAGACGAAAGGUUGUCUUGGGAAAAGAAGUUUGCAUCAUCGAUUGGGCCCUUACUCCGCGAGUUUCAUCCAAGAAAGUUGCUCAAACGUUCUGUAGACGCAUCUUCAUCAGCAACUCAAAGGAAGAUUGAAGAGACUGACAACCCCCAGUUUUCAGAAAUGAAUGAGAGAAACCUACACAUCCCCCGUCUGCUUAGAGUAACAUUGCUGAAAACGUUCAAUGCCCUUAAAUCAUAUUACAUGUUAACUGAGGACAAAGAGAGAGACAAAUUUCCGUUGCUGGGUUUGUUUCUGGAUUUUGAUGACCGUCUGCCACUCGUGGGAAACCUUGUCCACCUUGUUUCCUGGAGUCGUAUCGUUGAUUCACUUUUGAGCAGACGCCUCAGCCGUAAGGACAUCAACAAGAAGAUUGGCGACGUUAUUCGAGAAAAAGCCAAAUCACCAGCGGAAAGAGAUCAACUAAAAGAGGCUUUUGAGAACUUUACCGCUGCGUUUGAGGAGAUGCGUCCCCUUCUCAAGGAACAGCUGCAAAAAGAAGUUCCAUACGUCAGCGAAAUCUCGCCGAUUUCUGUCUGCCUUGUUGAAAAGCGAGAUCAAGGAGUGUUCCUUUGUGUUGCCAUGGAAGUACUUCAGAAAAUACAGAACGACUUCAUGCAGAAGGUUCUUAGUAUUGGCGCUACAGGGAAAUCGUCUGCUUUGAUCUUUCUAGAGCGGGACGAGGGAAAGUGUUCCAUUCCAAUGGUCCACGUCCAAGAGGCUCGUGAGAAAGAAAUAAUUCAAUACCAGUGGUCGGAUGCCAUUUUAAGGAACUCUCAGCGUAACACUGAGUAUGGCCAUGGAAAAGAAGUGUUUUAUGAUCUUGCAAAGAUUGAAAAAGAAAUGGCAGCCCGCUUCCUUGUAGGAAAAGCUUUCCUUUCGACUUUCGACGGAUUGCGCGAGUUUAUCUUCUCUCGAGAGCUUUUUCACACAUGCCGAGGUAUCCUGGAUGAAUUACAAAAGCUUAUUCCUCAACAGCCAUUGACAGAAAUUUUGCGGAGUGGUUUGGUACGCCAGAGGGAGCACAGCCUUGAGAGCGUCCAGGAAUUGUUAGAACAUAUGGAAAUCGUCCUAUGCCUGUUAAAGAGACAUCAACAUGGAAAACCUGAGGAACCUUUAACAGAAUUUACAGACAAGUGGCUGGGCGGGUCGAGACCAUUUCCAAAGCAGUUACUCCCACAGCCCCAUAGUGCAAUCCAACUUAUGCACGUGGUCGCCCUUUACGAGUUUCUUGAAGACACACUGGCUGAAUCUGCUGCCAAGCGCGUGAAUGAUACUUAUCGUGCUUCUAUACCCAAAGAGAUCACAGAUGAUUUGGCCAAAGCAGCCUUUUUCUCUGGUAAGAGUGAGGCGGAUCGUUCUACGCUACGUGCCAUCACCAUAGCACUCCGACGCUUCAUUUUCCGCUAUCUUUCAUCCGAAGAAAUGAGACCCGAGCCCGGAGAGGUUCUAGCCGAGCGUAUGCGAGAGUCUUCUCUUUGGCCUAUGGACUUAAACAAGUCGGGGAAAUCGCUAGGCAUUGAAUCUCCAGAAAAUGUCCUUCACCUUGUGUUUCCAGAGAGUCUGACCAUCGGACAAACGUACCAAGUCCUUUGCUUUUACCAGGACCGUCUUAAAUCUCUUGAAGAAGUGAAAGUGGUCUCUCGUAGCCCAGCACCCAAAGGAGGCAGGCUCAGCAAUGUACAAAGAUCCCGUCAGGUGAAGAAAGGCCGAGCACGGUUCGGCUACUCAUGAAAGAAAUGCACCACGCUUAUCUGUAUUGUGAUGCGACAGCGGUGGACCGUGAAAAUUUUUACAAUUGGAGUAUCUCCGCUUAAUCGGACACUUUCCUUAAUAUAUCGAAGUAGCCUUAUGUUAGCACAUCGACAGCGUCAACCAGUUGUUCUUGACUGAAUAGGCGGUCGAAAGAUCCCCAUGGUAAACAUAACAUUCUUGAAAGCUAGGAUUUCAUAGAUCGUAUAUACAUCUGAUUUUUACAAGUCUCAAUUUUUAUAAUAAUUUAACCAAGUAACGUUAGUGAAAAAGGAUAUCGUAGACCACAACCACUCGGCUAAGUGAGUGGCGAUUGUUUUGUAUUUGAGUGCUACUUAACAAUUAGUCCAGUCUUUUGAGAUUCAACUGGUUUAUUUGUAGGCGAAAAUAGCUAGAUUCAACGAAGGUUUUGUUUUGCAUUUGAAAAUCUAGAGCUUGAACAAUUGUUUUGUUGAUGCAAACGAUGACGGAAUGUGAAAAAUUUGUAGAGUUUUUCUGGCUGCGAUUAAGACCAUGACAUUUACGUCACGCAUCACGACAUGCAAAGGUAGUAGGUUGUGACGUUCACGUAGAUAGUUUGGAUAAGUUAGUUAAGGCAAAGGUUAGAAAAAAGCCGCCAUUCUUUUUCUUGAGAUAAAUCUAGUUGUUUUGUUUUGACGUGUAUGCUAGCUUUAUGAUAUCUUUCCUAAGACACAGAUAAGGUUUGUCUUUGGAGGAAUCAGUUGUAGUUGAUUUUAUGGUCAAGUAUACUCAAUAUAGUGAUGUAUAACAGAUACCAAUUGUCCUUAAUUUCGUCUUACAAUAAAGGAUUCUUGUUACCUAAUGAAAAAGGGCGUAGUUGUAAAACUGUUGUUUGUUUGGAGUAGAUAAAAAGACCGGAUAAAGCAUUUAGCAGUAUGAGUAAUAGUGUCAUGGCUGUAGUUAGGGUAUGUUAGUUACGUUGGCCGAUUGAGAUGAAGGCUGGCCAUUCUUAUAUUCAAAACUGAUAAGUCUGGUUGUUUUGUACUUUUUAAAAGGUGGAUAACGUUUCCGCCAUCACUAUAUCCUUCAAAUACAUAUGUUAUGCUUUA